CCAAUCGAAAGUCCUGCUAACAGUCCCUCCUUGAAGGAUCGCAUUGGCACGGGUUCGCAGGACUCUCUAUUUGAAAUUUCCGAAAUGGAGUCCAUCAUUGAGGAGGAUGACGUUGGUGAUGACGAGGAGGAGGAU